AUGUCUAAAGUGAUACAUCAAUAUUUUAAUCGGAGGUACUCUGAGUGGAAUAUUACAGACUUCCUACAGGAAUGUGAACUUGAAGACUUGGGUGAUAAAAUAAGCGUUUACGUUAAAUCUCUCGAAAUAAUAGCUGAUGCCAAUAAAGGACAAAGGGGCGAUAAAGCAAAGGAGUUGCUUGCAAGAUAUAGAGAGGCUCAAGGUCGACCUGACACUAACCCCACUGGGGCGGGGGCAAUCUCGAGGAUUGUCUUGCGUUCAAGGCUCAAGGGUUCUCGGCCAGAUCGUAUUCGUGCUCGAAAUUGGCAGAAGAAUCUUACACCUCGCAGUGAAACUUCAGUUAACUUUUAUGGAGACUAUUUGAAUAACGGAAUAACAUCAAAUGGAAGUGGUGCAACGAAUAUUUCACAUACUAAAUGCGGACAAAGACAAAGUUCAAAGGUUGGAGAAAAUCA